AUGCCUGCUAUUCGCGUGGACAACCCCGUGACUGUUCGCAUCAAGCGAUUCGCGUCAUCAGCCGAUCUUCAGGAGUAUGCAAGAACCAUGACGUUGCGCUACCGUCCUGGUUUGAGCGUUCUCUUCCGGGCACUAUGGCAAGAUCGCUGGGCACAUGCACUUUUUGACGGGCUCUACCCUGCUUUCGUCUCGCUGGCAAGGUUUGGACUAGAAAACCACGCCUUUACGCCUGUGGCUGUCAUGUCGAACUACACGUCUAGUCUGGACUGCAAGAAGACUGAAUCGCAAGCACUGGGCCUGUCAGGCGUCGGAAUCUACACUGGAACUGCCUGUCAAAUGGAAGAAGCCUUCCGGCUGUUCGGUGGGCUGGGCAAAAAGCACCAGGAACUCGUGCGCGUGAAUGAGCUUUGGGAGCAGCUGCGUUCGGCAAGCGCUUCCCUUCUUUUCGACCAUCUUGUGGUGGGCAGCGCACACAUGGGGGAGUAUGCCUCCUACCUAUCCUUACCAGGGACAAAGGACAGCAGUGUGGCUGAGGAGACUUCCGCAUACGGGCGGGACAUUGUGGGUGAGUUUGCUGAUCGACUCUAUCAUGCGCACGGUUUGGAGCCUCCACCGCCAAGGACAUCUUCAAAACCUGCAAAGCAGGUGUUGAGGGUCAUCAUCACUGAGAACAAGCGCAUGACUGCAGGGGAGAUUGCAGCCAUGAAGGAACUUGCAAAGGCAGGAGUUGGAGGAGCGGGAACUGAGACUGGGAGCCAUUCGCUGAAUAUCAGCUUCAUUGACUGGUCCGCAGUGCAGCCUUUCCGGAACCAGCUCAAGCUUCUGCAAGAUACAGACAUCAUGGUUACUGGCAUCGGCACGGCCUUGUUCUACUCAGCCUUCUUGCCUUAUGGCUCAGUGUGCGUCAAUACCGGCUGGAAGGAUGCCAUGUCUAUCCCGACAUUCGGCGAAGAAGUGCUUGGCAUGUCAAACCAUCGCAGCAAAUUUGUCUAUAUGCCGCUCAACCGGAUCAGAGAAGGUGUGAGCAAGGCAGAUGUUGAGCACCAGAUACAACGCGCAGCUUCCUUGAUCCUGGCCGGCUUCUCCUUGCCGCUCCAAAAUGCCGAGGAGAACUUGUCGAUAUUUGGACGGAUAAUCCAUGACCUGGGGCAACACAGCGACGCUUCGAAGAAGGGGCUGCAAGGCCGCGAGCAAGUUGACGGCGGGUUCCUGUGCCACCAGCGACCUACCGGACAAACCUCUCUGUCUGACCUAGUAUUCGAGCGCCUGGUAGAUGCCAAGAACUUGCUCUUCCAGCUUCCUGGCCCGAUGGGCCUUGCGGAGGCAUGCCAGAUGGAUGUAGACAAGCUUCGUCAGUUGAAGAAGAAGUAUCGACUCCCUGAAGCUCUGGGAGCCAGUGGUGCCACUUGUGAGUGCGUGAUUUGUGAGAGUUGCGGGCUCUCUACAGUGUAG